UUUAACACCACUAUUUCUUCUUACUCUUUAAAUCAUCUAUCCCCUGCAUCCUCCUAUCAGUCCCCACCCCAACCCCCACGCUCCCUCUCUCUUUACAUCUGCAUAUGUAAAGGUCUGUGUCUGCCUCACUCCUAAUGCUUGACUAAGCUCCUCUUAUGUUUCAAAUGCUCAGAGGAUGAACCAGUAACAAUCAUGAGACAGUAAAGAUGGAAGCAGCUGCUCUGUUAGAAGUUUUUGAAGCACUAGGCUUUUGAGAUCUCAGGAGAGGACUACCUCUGUUAGCUUCACAAUGCCAGUUCCGCUUGCUCCAUAUCCUACACCACCAACACCAUUUACACCACCUUCUAACGCAGGUACGCAGAGCCAGCUUGUGUGCUCUGGAUGCAGAAAUCUUUUACUCUAUCCAGUUGGAGCAACAUCUGUUUGCUGUGCAGUUUGCAAUGCAGUAACAGCAGUACCACCUCCGGGCACUGAGAUGGCUCAGUUGGUUUGCGGAGGCUGCCACACAUUACUUAUGUACAUUCGUGGAGCAACAAGCGUGCAAUGUUCGUGCUGUCACACAGUCAAUUUAGCUAUGGAAGCAAAUCAGGUAGCACAUGUGAAUUGUGGCAACUGCCACAUGCUGCUGAUGUACCAAUACGGGGCACGAUCAGUGAAAUGUGCAGUUUGCAAUUUUGUGACAUCGGUAGGGGUUGCAACGAGCACAGCUGAGCAAAAGUUUAACAGCUAACUUUAAAGCUGCUGAGCCAGUGCUAGAAACUUCUACAACUAAAGUUGUCGUGUUAUGUGUCAGCGGCAUUUCAGCUGCAUCAACUGGAGGAAAUUUCUAGUUGCUACUAGUAUAGAGCUAUUACAGAGCUUUUUUUCCCUCGCGUAUCUGUAAUAGAAUAAGCAGUUUUGCAGGUUGAGCCUACAAAAGGUAUUGCAUAUAAUGGUAUUGCGUUUGUAAGUCUGGUUGAAAAAUCCUGGAUAGCAAAGACUCCUUUUCACCUACCAUAAUAUUGUUUUCAUCUUGGGAUGCCAUAAAUACAAUUUUAAAAUGUCUUGACUGAA